UUCCAAUUCCGUGAAGCAGAGUCUGACACGAUUCUCUGAUUCUCACUUCCUCCCCCGGAGUGGUACUUUGUGCUUUGGCGGGUUGUACCCUAAUUGCGCGGCCGGCAACAAUGGCGGUGGGUGUUCUUGCUUUACAGGGCUCUUUCAACGAACACAUUGCAGCGUUGAAAAGGGUGGGGGUGAAGGGGGUGGAGAUAAGGAAGCCGGAGCAGCUGCAGAGCGUGACGGCGCUUAUUAUUCCCGGUGGGGAGAGCACCACCAUGGCUAAGCUUGCCGAAUAUCAUAACCUCUUUCCGGCAUUACGGGAUUUUGUGAAAAUGGGAAAUCCGGUUUGGGGGACAUGUGCAGGCCUUAUUUUUUUAGCUGACAAAGCAAUUGGGCAGAAACUUGGCGGACAGGAACUUAUUGGCGGCCUUAAUUGCACCGUUCAUCGAAACUUCUUUGGUAGUCAGAUUCAAAGCUUUGAGGCUGAGAUUUCUGUUCCGGAAAUUGUGGCCAAAGAAGGUGGUCCUCCAAGUUUCCGUGGUGUGUUUAUUCGGGCCCCCGGAAUUCUUGAAGUGGGCCCGGAAGUACAAGUGUUGGCAGAAAUUUCUGCUCCAUCUCACACAAGUACUAAAUCUGAUUCUGCCCCUGAAAGUCUAGAGGAAAAUGCCGGAUCUGAAAAGAAAGUGAUAGUUGCUGUAAAGCAAGGGAACUUGCUAGCAACUGCUUUUCACCCGGAGCUUACUGCAGACACCCGAUGGCACAGUUAUUUCUUGAAGAUGGUGAACGAGACCAGCCAAGAAGCAUCGACCAGCACCUCAUUAUUGCCUUCUGAGGAUCUGAUUCUCUCCGAGAAACCCAAGUAUGAUCUCCCGAUAAUUUAACGAACCAAAAAUUAUUUAGCAUGUCUUAAAAAAAUUGUACACCUCCGUUGUACAUACUACAUAGUUUAUAAAAAGUUGAUUAUAGUUGUUCGAAUCCUCGAUGCUGACUAAGAAGUCGCAGUUAUUACAAAUUACUGUCAAACUCGUAUCAGAUAACGUAUGUUGUGCAGAAUUUGUUCAUCACUUCAUAAUUAUUAUUAUAUUACACAUGGAUCUGUCCGUUGAUUGAAUUGUUGUAUUAUUACACCUAAAAAACGUGUCUUUACAAAAUUUCGGGACGCGUUUUGGCUAGAAAAGCAUGUUAAUCGCGUUGGCAAUUUUGUAUCAACACCGGCCUGAAAGGGUCUUUUCUACUCAAUGUGUAUGACAAAGUAACUUCC